GCGAGGGAAGGAAAGAAAAAAAAAAAAAAGGGAGCGAAGAAGGGAAGGAAAGAGGGAAGAGAGGAAAAAAAAAACCCGGCCGUAGCCAUGGCCGGGCUGCGGAGCUGCGGGCUGCUCCUCUGCCUGCUCCUGGCCCGGGCCCUGCGCUUCCCGGACUAUUCCUACGUGCUGGAGGAAGAGGAGGAGGAGGACGAGGAGCCCCUGGACUACAAGGACCCCUGCAAAGCCGCCGCCUUCCUGGGCGACAUCGCCCUGGACGAGGAGGACCUGCGGCUCUUCCAGGUGGACCGGGUGGUGGACCUGUCCCGUCACACCGUCACCCGCCUGCCCUCCAACUCCUCAGGCAGCAACGCCACCAGCCCCCGGCCGGGCCGCCCUCGGCGCAGCCGGGGCCGGCAGCGGAGCCGCCGGGCAGCCACGUCCCGGCCGGAGCGAGUGUGGCCGGACGGGGUCAUCCCCUACGUCAUCAGUGGCAACUUCAGCGGCAGCCAGCGAGCCAUAUUCCGGCAGGCCAUGCGGCACUGGGAGAAGCACACCUGCGUCACCUUCCUGGAGCGCAACGACGAGGACAGCUACAUCGUCUUCACCUACAGGCCCUGCGGAUGCUGUUCCUACGUGGGCCGCCGGGGAGGGGGCCCCCAGGCCAUCUCCAUCGGCAAGAACUGUGACAAAUUCGGCAUCGUGGUGCACGAGCUGGGCCACGUCAUCGGCUUCUGGCACGAGCACACCCGCCCCGACCGGGAUGACCACGUCUCCAUCAUCAGGGAGAACAUCCAGCCAGGGCAGGAAUACAACUUCCUGAAGAUGGAGCCAGAGGAGGUGGAGUCGCUGGGGGAGACGUACGACUUCGACAGCAUCAUGCACUACGCCAGGAACACCUUCUCCAGGUACCUGCCCUGUGGGGUUGGGGGGGGUGGCUCGGCCUGGGGACAAAGGGCACAGCGGGGUCUUGGGGGGCUUUCCCGGGGGUCUGACUUCUGUGUUUUCUCCUUUGUAGCCUGUGGGGAGACGCUCCAGGACAGCCAGGGUAACUUCUCCUCCCCGGAAUUCCCCAAUGGAUACUCUGCCCACAUGCACUGCGUCUGGAGGAUCUCCGUCACUCCCGGAGAGAAGAUCAUCCUGAAUUUCACCACCCUGGACCUGUACCGAAGCCGGCUGUGCUGGUACGACUACGUGGAGGUGAGAGACGGGUUCUGGAGAAAGGCCACGCUGCGAGGCAGGUUCUGCGGGAACAAGCUGCCCGAGCCCAUCAUCUCCACCGACAGCCGCCUCUGGGUCGAGUUUCGGAGCAGCAGCAACUGGGUGGGCAAAGGAUUCUUCGCUGUCUACGAAGCCAUCUGUGGGGGGGAAGUGAAGAAGGACAACGGGCACAUCCAGUCCCCCAACUACCCUGAUGACUAUCGGCCCAGCAAGGUGUGUGUCUGGAAAAUCACCGUCUCCGAGGGCUUCCACGUGGGAUUGACCUUCCAGUCCUUCGAGAUCGAGCGGCACGACAGCUGUGCCUACGACUACCUGGAGAUCCGGGAUGGCAGCACUGAGUCGAGCAGCCUCAUCGGCCGCUACUGCGGCUACGACAAGCCCGACGACAUCAAGAGCACCUCCAACAAGCUCUGGAUGAAAUUCGUCUCCGACGGCUCCAUCAACAAGGCGGGUUUCGCCGUCAACUUCUUCAAAGAGAUGGACGAGUGCUCCCGGCCCAACAACGGCGGCUGCGAGCAGCGCUGCGUCAACACCCUGGGCAGCUACAAGUGUGCCUGUGACCCUGGCUACGAGCUGGCAUCCGACAAGCGCCGCUGCGAGGCCGCCUGCGGAGGUUUCCUCACCAAGCUCAACGGCUCCAUCACCAGCCCGGGGUGGCCCAAAGAAUACCCCCCCAACAAGAACUGCAUCUGGCAGCUGGUGGCCCCCACCCAGUACCGCAUCUCCCUCCAGUUCGACUUCUUCGAGACCGAGGGCAAUGACGUGUGCAAGUACGACUUCGUGGAGGUGCGCAGCGGGCUGACGGCCGACUCCAAACUGCACGGCAAGUUCUGCGGCGCCGAGAAGCCCGACGUGAUCACCUCGCAGUACAACAACAUGAGGAUCGAGUUCAAGUCCGACAACACCGUCUCCAAAAAGGGCUUCAAAGCCCAUUUCUUCUCAGACAAGGACGAGUGCUCCAAGAACAACGGGGGCUGCCAGCACGAGUGCCUCAACUCCUUCGGCAGCUACGAGUGCCAGUGCCGCAGCGGCUUCGUGCUGCACGACAACAAGCACGACUGCAAGGAAGCCGGCUGUGACCACAAGGUGACAUCCAUCUCCGGGACCAUCACCAGCCCCAACUGGCCCGACAAGUACCCCAGCAAGAAGGAGUGCACCUGGGCCAUCAGCACCACGCCGGGGCACCGCAUCAAGCUGACCUUCUCGGAGCUGGACGUGGAGGCGCAGCAGGAAUGCGCCUACGACCACCUGGAGAUCUACGACGGGAAGGACGCCAAGGCCCCAGCGCUCGGCCGCUUCUGCGGGGCCAAGGAGCCCGAGCCCGUCGUCUCCUCGGGCAACAAGAUGUUCCUCAAGUUUGUCUCCGACAACUCCGUCCAGAAGAAGGGGUUUGAGGCCACCCACACCACAGUGUGCGGAGGCCAGGUCCGCGCCGAGGUGAAGACCAAGGACUUGUAUUCCCACGCACAAUUCGGGGACAACAACUACCCGGGGGGCUCGGACUGCGAGUGGGUGAUCAUGGCAGAGGAGGGGUUCGGCGUGGAGCUCAUCUUCCAGACCUUUGAGAUCGAGGAGGAAGCCGACUGCGGAUACGACUACAUGGAGCUCUUCGACGGCUACGACGGGACGGCCCCGCGCCUCGGCCGCUUCUGCGGGUCAGGGCCCCCCGAGGAGAUCUACUCGGCCGGAGACUCCGUGAUGAUCCGCUUCCACUCGGACGACACCAUCAACAAGAAGGGUUUCCACCUUCGCUACACCAGCACCAAGUUCCAGGACACGCUGCACACGAGGAAAUGAGGGCCGGGGGUCCCGGCCCCACCCCCGCGGGCAGGGGAGGAGGAUGAGGAGGAGGAGGAGGAGGAGGAGGAGGAGAAGAGCAGGGAGGAAGGUGGGGAGCGCUGCUGCCCCGCACAGACUGCACGGAGGAGGAGCACACAGCCAACCUCAGCACUCAAGACACGCUCGCACGGGGCGCCGGGGCUCGGGCGCCCACGGCACGGGGGGCACGGGGAGGGGGGCCCUGCUGGAAACCACCCACCCCGGUGCUGGGGGUGGGGCCUGAGCGGGACCCGCUGCCCUUCCCUGCCCCGGCCGAAGCUCUGAAUGUACAAACCAGUAACCAGGAAGAGCCCAAAACACACACACAAGGUGCUGUCUCUCUCUUGUACCCAUGAAAUAAAUACCCUUGUACUUGGA